AAGGCAAAGAGAAAUACGUGCGAGAUACUUUUCGGGAGGAAGCGGGGCUCAGUGAUGCACAGGUGAAACAUCAAGCCGCAGUCCAGCCGCAAGAGCGUCCUCAGCAUCAGCACCGCUCCGAUCGCGCAGCGCGUUCACAUUGAUGAAAGCUCAUGGAUAUUACUGACCAGCGGCAACAGCAGCAGCAGCAGGUUUCACGAAGACUUCCCUGACCUGAUGCUGGAAAUGUGCGCUUUGCUCGGAGGUAUCGCGGCUUUUAAAUGGGAUGCGUCCCCUCCAGGCUUCUGAUGCUGUGCACAUCCACCCUUCAUCUGAGUGAUGAACUAACAGGGAACGGAAAGAUUCGCCGUGUCUUUCACGUUAGUUUAUAACGGGCUGCACGUUUCCCCCCUUCUGCAGCACAUGCAAUUUCUAAAGUAUCUAUUUUUAUGACCGACCAACCUUUAUUACUGAGAAGAACACCUUUGUUUUGCCAAGUCUAAAGAGAAUAUUUUCCCUUCUGCAUGAAGACGCUUGGAUAGUAAUACAUAUUUUUCUAUGAUACUAUUGGAAAGCUGAGCAUCCCAUUGUGUUCUUAUUAUUAUGCAACCGCAGGGAUCUGUUCUUUAUCAGGGUGUCUAAGCAGUUGGAUCGCUCCUCGCCCAAAUCAAUGUGGUUUCUUUGGAACAUUUUCAGCAAAGGAACGCAUAUGCUGCAGUGUCUUUGUGGCAAGAGUCUUAAGAAAACCAAGAACCCAAGUGAUCCCCAGCUCAAGGGUAUAGUGACCAGGUUAUAUUGCAGGCAGGGAUACUACUUGCAGAUGAACCCAGAUGGAUCUCUUGAUGGGACUAAGGAUGACAGUAGUAAUUCUUCGUUGUUCAACCUCAUCCCUGUGGGCCUUCGGGUCGUUGCUAUUCAGUCUGUGAAGACGGGCUUGUACAUCGCCAUGAAUGGAGAAGGCCAUCUGUACACAUCGGAACUGUUUACGCCGGAAUGCAAGUUCAAAGAGUCUGUUUUUGAAAACUACUAUGUGAUCUACUCAUCGAUGCUGUACAGGCAGCAGGAGUCGGGGAGAGCGUGGUUCCUGGGCUUGAAUAAAGAUGGUCAGGCCAUGAAGGGGAACCGGGUCAAGAAAACUAAACCAGCUGCUCACUUCCUGCCCAAGCCAUUAGAAGUCGCUAUGUACCGCGAGCCGUCGUUGCAUGAUGUGGGGGAGACCGUGACCAAACCCGCCGUGCCUCCCAGCAAAAGCACAAGCGAGCCGGCCGUCAUGAAUGGAGGCAAACCCGUCAGCAAGGAAACCAAGCCCACCACAUAGCCAGAUCUCCGCUCAGCCGCACUCAACCCUGGAGAGACGCGCUCCUUCUGUCAGACUCUCAGUGUUUGUGGAUCGGGUCCGGGCGUCCUCCGCCCUCUCCCCACCUCUCCCUCCGCCUUCCUUCACUUUGCUGACUGUUCCGAUCCGAUUCGACGGACUGGCUUUGGAAGCGCGGUCUGCUGUGCACGUUGAAGGACGCAACUGGAUAAACCAGCUAAACUCUCACCAUGGAAUGCCCUAACCGAUAUGGAAUGCCUUUUACAACGAAACCAAUCUUUUUUCUGUAAUCGAGACAAUCCACGCUAAUUAAAUUGUGUGCCCUUUUGCCUGCUAACAGUCACCCGUUAUAUCCCUUUUAUUCUCUGGCAGCAAACGCCGUACGUUUCAGAUCUAUUUUCUUUAUAAACGCAGUAACGCCAGCUACGUUCUGGGUUAUACUGUAAAGAUAUACAUAUAUAGACUGCAAUUCACGAUUUGGUUUCAAGUCAGUUCCCUGUGUCUUGCGUCAGUGGCCCUCACUCUCCAAAAGCUUGAAUUCCAAAUCUUCCCCUUUGUCGGUUACUUACGAAUCUUGUCGGGCUAUGUGUAAUUUUCUAUGGCAAAUGUGCAUUGUUACGUGCAGUUGUAAAAUAACGGAUUGUUGGAUCACGAGACCUAGCUGGUGACCUGUUCGCAGAGGACUAUCAGGGUGGAGCCACCUAAACCCAGAAUCAAGCUCAAUGUCUUCUCAUUCUCUUCAUGUUCGAAAAGUGACACAAAUAUACAGUCAAUGUCACGCAGUCGAUAAAAGGAGCUGGCACGUGCUGGGGAGCUUUAUACGGUACAUAUCACUGUCUAGUUCCCACUAGUAUGGUGCAGAUUGGUUUAAACUCCUGAAUUCCACUUUCUUUGCUCUUAAUUUGGAGAGCGUGGGCUCUAGAGAUAUCUAUAGGCCUUGUAGGCCUCUGGUCAAGGCCCCUCUUUAACAUGCUGAGUCCUCUGAACUAUGGGCUAGUUCCCGUGAGCACAUUCAAUGUGACGCGAGCGGCAGCCGUAAAUAAAUACGGUCUACUUCAGGCCUGCGUGGUCUGCGGGGCACCAUUAGCUGCACACCCAUUUCGUUCAGCUAAGGCAUGGGCAAGGUUAGUAUUACGUUUUCUUCUUGCAGCGCUGUCGCAGUGCAAGAGAUGGCUUCUGUAACGAUGUUUUCACUGUAUAAAAAUAAAAGAAAAAUCGCAAACGAACUAAACAAAUCGACUUUUAACUAUCAGAUAUGACGAUUCUGAAACGAGAGGGGUUUUUCCUAGCUCAGCAUGCAGAGUCAAAUACUGUUCAUCAUGUGCCUGUGAUGACCUCUAACCCAGCAUGCAAAAACACGUACCCAGUCUGUGCUGGGUUAAAGGUGCCUCAUGCCCCAGACGCCAUCGGGAACACACAUACACAAAUUCAGUAGCAAGCUCACCCACUAAACCCGUUUUCAAUCCAAGCUUCGUCCCGCAGGGGUCGAUCUUGAAAUUUACCAAAGUCCGUAAACACGAGAAUCCAGCCGAACGGUUUCAGUAACUCGGAGGAUGGGGGGGUCCUCCUUCCUCACUGUGACUUGGGUUCAUCCGUGGAGAGGAAUUGUCGACUUUUUAUCGUCUCGAUUGAAAAGGCUCAGAUGUCCUUCACUUGUAGUGUUCAUUUAAACCAGGGGUACCUAAUACUAAUCACCUGCAUGUUUUUUCUUACGGACCAAAGUAUGGGACGGGUAGAAACGUGUAGUAUAUGAAGCGUAGGGCUACAGCGAAUGGGCAUGAUUAUAUAAGGCUCUCUCAUACUCUGGAUUGAGACCAUUGCACUUUGCGUUUGAAAUUUGACUCAUCUACUCACCACUUUUAGCAUUUUACGAACAACUAGGCGAUUGUUGGCCAAGUUGACAUGAAGCCUGUCUUGCUUUCCCAGUUUUCCUAGUUUGGAUGACUACAGUUUAGAAUGUUAUGAAGUAGACUGAGGCUAUGCUGCUAAAUACAAAUAUAUUCGACACUUCGUUUAAAGACCUGUGUUUUAAUUUCUCUGGAUUAUGAGCUAGUUUCAUAUUAGGAAAUGUUCAAGCACAUUAGUUAGAACUUAAAUAUUUGUCUGUACAAAGCCGACUUUAAUGCUAGAAUGAGAUGCAGUACUAUACUGAAAAAGUAGCUUCAUAUUUGAGAUGGAAGGCUGGUGUCCCACUUCCAUACGAAACAAAUCACUCACUCACUCAAAUGAGCUCUACAUGCUGGGCUACAGUUGCCCUGCGAACCAGUUAACUGGUUUAAUGAAGGUUGGAUUUAUUUUUGUAAGUGACUGGUAAGUGUGCAUUUGUUAGAAUGUUUGUUUGUUUUUUUCUCCUCGUUCAGAUGUCUGUGUUUGUUUCGUUCCAUUUGGGUUGUGCGCGUGUGUGUCGUCGAGUCGUAAUGAGGAGCAAUCGCUGAACAACUGAUCUUUCUGUGGCUUUCUUUCGGUUUCUUUUCAGUGGUCAAGGAAGGUUUUCAUUGUCUGUAGGUUGGUUUUAAUGGUUUAAGUUGACAGUUUAUUCAUCCGUUGCAUGGGAAGAGGGUGGCAUAUAAGAACUGCAUGUCGUAGGCUAUGUGUAUCAUGGACUGUUGGUAUGUUCUGCUAAUUUUACAUACAUAUAUGCAAAGAGUUUGUCUGCACUGUACAGUUUGUGUUUGUUGUAUACACAGAUACAACAUAUUGAAUAAAAUAUUUAUAUAAAGGUG